AUGGCCAAGUUUCUGGCAUUCUCACUAAUCAUUUUAAACCUUUUCACUGACUUUGUGAGUGGGGAAUGGAACAUAUUGAACCAAAGAUGGGGAAAAGGAGUAGUUGGAGCCAACUUGAGGAACUAUUGUGAGAGUUGGAGGAUCAAUGUUGAACUAAACAACAUUAGGGGGUUCAGUGUUGUGCCUCAAGAAUGUGGGGAGCAUGUGAAGAAAUACAUGACUUCAUCUCAGUACAAGGCUGAUUCUGAGAGAGCAGUGGAGGAGGUAAGACUCUAUUUGAGUGGAUGCUGCACUUUGAAAGGUGAUGGCAAAGAUUCCUGGAUUUUUGAUAUUGACGAGACCCUUUUGUCCACAAUUCCUUAUUUUAAGAAGCAUAGUUUUGGGGGAGAAAAGCUGAAUGCAACCUCUUUAGAAGCAUGGAUGAAGCAAAGCAAGGCACCGGCUCUAGAUCACACACUGGAGCUUUACCAUGAAAUCAAGAACAGAGGGUUCAAUAUUUUUCUAAUUUCUUCAAGAAAGGAGACUCUUAGAUCUCCCACUGUAGACAACCUUGUGAAGGUUGGAUACCAUGGAUGGACUGGUCUUACAUUGAGGGGUCUUGACGAUGAACAGUUAGAAGUGAGAAAAUACCAUUCCAAGAUGAGGCAACAAUUGGUUGAUGAUGGUUACCGCAUAUGGGGCAUUAUUGGAGAUCAAUGGAGCAGUUUUGAGGGGCUUCCAAUUGCAAAGAGAACAUUCAAACUACCGAAUUCCAUGUACUACAUAGCAUAA